GCCGUCUCGGUGUCCGCCGUGCCCCUCCCCGGGCACGUGACCGCGGGCGGAAGCGGCGGCGGGGACAUGGCCAAGUACCUGGCACAGAUCAUUCUGGUGGGGGCCCAGGUGGUGGGACGGGCCUUCAUGCGGGCGCUGCGCCAGGAGUUUGCAGCGAGCCAGGCCGCAGCCAAUGCACGGGGACGCGCCGAGAGGCCCCAGUCCGCUGCUGCCUCCAGGAUCAUCGGCAUCAGCCUCCAGGAAGCUCAGCAGAUCCUCAACGUCUCCAGCCUCAACCCUGAGGAGAUCCAGAAGAACUACGACCACUUGUUCAAGGUGAACGACAAAUCAGUGGGAGGCUCCUUCUACCUCCAGUCCAAGGUGGUGAGAGCCAAGGAGCGGCUGGACGAGGAGCUGCGCAUCCAGGCCAAGGGCGACAAGGAGAAGGGGCGGAAAGCCGAGACGUGACUCCUGCCACCCCUGCCCCCCGUGCCCCUCACCCUUAACUUAUAGGUAGCCAAUAAACGCCGUCUCCUCCAGCACGUGGCCUGGCUGCUCCACACCCGGGGAGGGAGCAGGGACCUGCCUGCCCAGCGAUCCCGGCAGGAUCGGCCCCUGCGAGGGGCUGCGUUUGCCUGGGGGAGGAAGACGAGGAGGAGGAGGCAGCUGGGGAAGAAGGGGUGUCCCCAGGGCACUGAGGCUGCCAGGGCUCAAAUGGCACUGGGGGAGGCUGCAGGAGCUAUUUUUGGUGGGGAGGUUGGAUGCUCUUGGAUGGAGUGCUCGGCUGCCUCUGGCUCCGUACCCUGGGAGUGCUGUGCCGUUACCUUCUCCCAGUGUGGAUGGCUGCUGGCUCGGGGUGAGGGGCUGUGAGGGGACACGCUGUGGCUGUCCCCACCUGCAGCUCACCCCGCAGAUGCUGGCAGGCUUUCACUGGUGCCGAGGCCGCCUGAGCAGGAGCGCGGGGACACGGCUGGGGGUCAGGCAGGGCCAGCCGUGCCCCCAAGGUCACACCCGUCCCCCUCCCUGCACCCCUCUGUCCCCAGCGCCGUUGGCACCACGGCCACGGACUGAAACAGGAACUUACUUCAACUUCACUUUAUUGUUUUCUUAAUAAACUUCCUCUCCCCUGGACGAA